CUUGAAGCUGAUUCAACAGCUGAUUCCGACGGCUGUUGUUCGCAAUGGCCACUUCUGGUACUUGGGCCUGACGCUGCAGCUGCAGGCGACGAUGUGUCCGGUCAACGAGAACACUCAGCGCCGUGCGGACUCGCUGUUGGAGACUCAUGGCCUGUUCCAAUCCAUAGCCGACCUUUUUUUCAACGUUCUCGUUUACUUAAGGGCAACUUCGCUAAGCAAGCUCUUGUAUUCUUCGCACGAGGCAGAACUUUGGGUACGAAUGUAUUUGCCAGUGCUUGUCGACAAGCGUGGCUGGGGUGGGGACUUGGAGUUAUGUGCAAAUCCUUUGUCAACGCUUCACUUGUCAGAGAUGUGGGACGUUCUUGCCAAUGUGUGCUCCCCCAUAGGUGUCAAUUACAUGCUUCUCCGACACACUUUCUUCGGAACCAUGCUGGAACUCCAGCUUUCGCCAGGUCCAACCUUGGCCCACUUUAACUUCAGAGCUUCCGAUGAGGCUGACCCGAUGUGGUGCCGUGGCAGCUUCGCCGUGCGGGGAGCUUUGCAGUGCAGAAAGUGGACUGACGAACUUCGUCAGCGCCCGCGGCGAACUCCGAUAACGCAGGCCUCCCUUGCCCAGCAAAGCUCCUACCGUGUGGAGCACUGCGGUGACAGGUUUGUGCUUCGCCCGGCUUGCAAGCUGUGGACAGAGGCUAGGCCGCAGCUGCAGCUAACGAAUCGCGGUUUCAUUGCCAUUGCUGCUGAAGGCGGCGGGAUCAUCGUGGAGGAUGGUCAGCCAGCGCGCCGAAUAGAAGCAGAUGCGCCGGAAGCUCCGUGUUGAGGUUGUUGACGCGGUGUUUCACCCGCGGAGCGCCAGCUGGCUUCUGAAAGCGGCGCACAGGCACAAACUUAGCUCCGCA